UCGACGUCAUUUCUUUAACCUGAAUUCAAACGCUACAUAACCCCGAGAUCAAACAAAGAGAUCAGCAACACAAGUACACAACAGAAGAUUAAAGGGAGAAGUUGUGGUACCACCGGCGAGAAGAAGGGCGAAUUCAACGGCACAAAAGACGUUCCACAACGCCGGUGUAGACCAGCUUAGUUAUUCUGCUAACUUGAAGAUUCGUUAGUAUAUACUAACUAAUAUCCAAAAUGUAUGAACUAGUAUCCAAGUCUACUGAUUUUACUAAAGCAUCUAGAUAACACAAACUAGUAUUCAAAACAUUACAAACUAGUAUCCAGAUAGCAGAUACCAACUAAUAUCCACAAUCAACCAACUAGUAUUCAAUAUGGAUACCCUUAUGUGUGUUUUGGAUACUCUUAUGUGUUAUCUGAAUACUAAUUAUGUGCUGUAUGGAUACUAUUCUGUGUUGUCUAUAUACUAGUUUCUGAAUUUGGGAUAAUAGCUGAUUCAUGGUGGAUAUCAGUUAGCAAACCUUGAAUAUUAGUUUGUGCUCUCUAGAUACUUUAGUACUUGGAUACUAGUUCAUAUAUUUUUGAUAUCAGUUAGUAUCUGCUAAUGAAUUUUCAAGUUAACAUAUUAACUUUCCCCUUUGUAGACUAGCUCAAGUUAGGGUGAAAGUGAAUAAAUUUGGUUUGGUUAUAUACCCUAGCAUAAUUAAAUUUGGGCCAUUAGUUUAGAUUGGGCCUAGAACGGUACUAAGAAUUGGUUUUUAAAGAAUUUUUAUUUUCUCUAAUUUGAUUAGAUGGCUUGUAGUUAUAGAGCUUUUUAGAUCAUGAGAUGUCUCGACGAGGGGUCGAGUAUUUCCCGACCUAACCCGAUCUAAGGGUGGGAAACUAUUGUAUUUUUGUUUUUAGUUGUUUUUAUUUUAAUUUAUUAAACUCAACUAUGCCAUCUCUUAAGGAAUCUGGUAUAUUUCGAUUUUUCGGUUAAAAUUGGAUCAAAUUAUAUUACAUUCAAUUUCAUUUCACAUCAGAAGUUCGAUUAUUGGUCGACUUUCACACGUGAUUGUUUUCGAUUCUUUAACUAUGUGGAUGGCGAUUUCUUAUUUGUCUAUGUUUUUUUUUUGUUAAGACUUGUUUGUCUAUGUUAAAAAAAUCCCAUUGGUUAUAAUUAUGGUGUAUUUCCAUAAUAUUUCCAUUCAUAAAUUAUUUCUCAUUUGUUUUAUCGUAAAAAAAAAAAAACAGAAAAACGGGACAAUCUUAACCAGAUCGGACCGGACCGUUUAACAGCCUUCUGCCGAUAAGUUUUCACCUCUCAGAAGUCGGGACAGAAAAAGACGGCCGGGAGACCUUCACCGUCUUCCGCCGUGGACCAAAGUCGAAGGCCGCCGCGAGAAUCCAAAUCGGAGCCCUCUUUCAGAUAACUUUCUUCUAUGCUUCCUUCAAUCGAGGUACGCUAGCAGAAGUCCAGUUGUGCUUGUUCGGUUCUUCCCUGCUUUCCGAAUCGAAUUUCAUUUUUUUCCCCCUCUUUCUCUUCGGCAUUGAAAUCCCUAAUUCCAACUCUUGAAUUUGAUCUUCGGUUAGUAACUGGACAGUUUCGAGUAUCUUUGCUUCUCGUUGUAAGUUAAUGUCGAAGGUGAUUCUGUUGAUUCGAUGAAUGAGGAUGUUUUUUCAUAGCAGUGAUGUUAUACUGAAUUGGGAUUUUGAUUUGAAUUUCUAGGGAGAAGGCUUCCAUGGCUGCGGUCGAAUUGUCAGCGUUAUGUAUCAAUGACGUUCUCUCACACCACUUACUUGCAGAGGUUCUGGUUCGCAUCCCUUUGAGAGAUGUAUUUCGCUGUAUUUCUGUUUGCAAGCUCUGGUUCUCUUCCAUCCGGGAUGAUCCACAUUUCAAAAGACGCUUCAUUCGCCAGAGGGUUACGGAGCAGGCCACUUCCAGUGCGGAGGAUCACCAGCUGGUCUAUGCACAGUGCAGUGUCAAGGAAAUGCUUCUGGUAACUCCCACCUGCAGCAUCAUUAAGGGUUCUGAAUUAUCCUUGGAUUUCCUCCCGUCCAUUGCUGAACAGGAUUACUACGAUCGUAGCCUAGACCGUGAGGUUUUGGGAUCUUCCAAUGGCUUGCUCUUGUGUUAUAAGGCCAUGCCUCCCACAUACUACAUUUCCACCAUCUUCUCAUACGGACAAUUAUCAUGCUUAUCUUGGUUUCAUCUGCGAUCUGUUCUACCAAGUGCAAGGCGAAGAUAGCUCGAUCACUUUGAAUGAUGGAUUUGGUUUUAAGGUUGUACGUUGGAGUUACUCUGACAGUGGCAAGGAUGCGGAAGUAGAUUUCUUUUGGAUGGAUGUGGAAAUAUUCUCAUCAGACAUAGGACAUUGGACUACAUCUAGGGCCCGAUGUAUGGAAUGUGUUUCCUUAACGGGUCUCCCAGACCCAGUAAUGGGGAUUUCAUACAAUGGAAGGCUUUAUUGGCUGCUGGGAAGAUAUGAGACUUUGAUCUACGAUCCCAGCAAGAAUGAGUUUUUUCUGGAACCCAUUACUCCUCCUUCGGAUGUAUUGUGCAUGAUUCCUUCGGCGCUUUCGUUUAUGGUGCCUUUUCAAGGGCUUAGCCGGUGUCAAGGCUCGUUUUGGGCAGGACAAGCUUGGCGUGCAGAACUGAGUCUGAGAGUAUACACACUGGCAGAUGGUGAAUGGCAUCUCAAGCAUAAUGUCAAUAUCCUUGAUUGGUUGCCUUGCAGCGCAAAUUCAGUCAAGAACACGAUGAAGAUUCCUCCGAACGCCGCUGUUCAAUUCUGGACUAUGCAUCCACAUGAUCCCAUGAUAGCAUACUUGACUGUGGAAAGGACGUUACUGGAGUGCGACUUUGGGGCUAGGACCCUGAAAGUGGUAGCCGAGAAUUCUGGCAUGAGCAAGGAUGGCAUGGGUCUGAUAUGGUCCAGCGUGUUGACAUUUUCUCUUCCACUUUGGCCGACCCCUCUUCCUGCUCUCUCCCUCCCUGCUGCUUAAGUAUUUAGUAACGUUUCCUUAGCCUUCCCGGUUGUAGUUGAUGAUAGAAGUGAGAAUGAGCUUCAUUCUGCAUUUUGAUCUGCAAUGCAAAAAUGGUAGUAGUUAUUUAGGUGGUAGUACUGAAUCUCGUUUGAACAUACAUAUGAAAACCUUGGCAACUGAGCUUGAAAGGAAUGGUUUCUCUUUGGUGCUAAAAUUUGCUUUCUACAUUAGUUGCUAUCUGUCUGAUUUGAAAGUUCUACAGGUACAGAUGAGUACUUGUCCUUCUAAACAAAUUAGAUUGCACUUUUUUCUCUCGGUUCUAUGAAUUCUGUUAUGUUUGACUCUAACUGUGAGGAUGACCGUAAUCAAUUCAUCGGUUAACCAAUCAUGAUAUAUUUGGCUAGCUACAAUCGAUCGUUUACUGUUUAAUCGAUUAUCAGUGCAACCAUUAACUAUCGAUUGCCGAUUCCAUUAUCCAUUACACGGCUCGGCUAACAGAUUAAUCGUUUAACCGCCCAUAUGCGCGCGAUGCAUGCACAAGCACAAACUCCACUUGAGCUGAAUAGCUAAGUGACCCCGUCCCCAGAUCCCUAAUUAUUAUUUAAUUAUUAUUAUUUAUUAUAAUAUAAUAUAAAUAACCAGUUGGCAAUCGGCGGGCGCCAGGUCGGCCGUCCCUCCCGAUGAUGGUCAUAACAAACUGACAGCUAUUAC